AUUGAAUGUUAGUGGAAGCCCAAAAUACGGAGAUGAAGUUACAGUUUCAUUUGUGAAGCUUGCGCAACUUUUCAAGGUUAAGUAUCAGGCCAUUUUCGAAUAUUCGCACCCAAUUUGGUGUGUUUACACAUCAAUGAAUAAGGAUAAGAAGUUAAAAAAUGUUGAUAUUAUUCCAAAAUCUGAUAUUCGUCAGCUGAUCAAAGUUGCAAAACCACAGGCUCAACGAACUAUUGAUCAUCCUCAUGCAAGAUAUAAUCAACUAGGUCGUCUUUCAUGUAUUUUAUGUGGUGUACAAAUUAAAUCAGAAUUUGCCUGGACUGCACAUAUUCUGAGCAAGUCACAUAAACAAAAUGAAUUACGUGGGAUUCAACCACUCAAUAAACGUCCUGCUGUUGAAAAUAAGCCAUCUGAAGAGGUAUCGUCUAAGCUGACAAAAGUCAACAGCAAGACUGUACAGGAUGAAUCAGAUUUGAAAAUCUCCAAAGGAAUCCAAGAUAAUAAGUUGUCAACUGUAGUUCAUAAUGAAAAGGUAUCUGAAAAAAAUCCUGCCGAGAAGAAACUUGAAUCACAAUCUCAACUACCAGAAGGCUUUUUUGAUGAUCGGUACAAGGAUGCUAAAGUUCGAUGUGUUCCAUAUAAAGAUAAAAUGUCAGAAGAGCUGGAACUCUUCCAAAAAGAAAUGAAUGCUCUAGAGAAGCAUUCAGAAGAGAUUAUGGAGAAAGAGAGUGAAGCAUUGGUUUCUGAACGAAAUUUAGCCGAAAUAAAUGAACAAAUGAUUAAAUGGGAGAAAAUCAAACAACUAGAAAAUGAAAAGGAUUUAUAUGAAAUGCGAUUAAAGAAAAAACUAACAGACAGUACAAACCGACCAAAACAAUUGGAAAAUCAUAUUGUUGUAAAAAAGGAAGAAGGCUAUUCGGGAGACGAAGAAGAUGAUGACGGUGAUAUCUCUAUUACGGAUGAUUUGAAUGACUUUCGAACAAAAAAUACAAUUUAAAGAAAGCCCUUUCUUUGUUCUUGCUAUCAGCCCGUGGAAAUGAAGUAUAAUAAAUAAACUACUAAUUAGUUUGUAAGUAAUAUGUCAUUUACAACAAAAUAUUAUGUUUAUGUGUAAGGAGGAAGUUAUAUACAUGAUUGGAAAAUUAAGAUAUUUUUACAAAUUCACCAAUUAUCAUCGUAAAUAUUAUUAUUAUUAUUUUCAUAUGAAUGGUUACUU